GCAAGGCCUAUGGGAAGCAGUGAUGCUGCAAACAUGCCACACACAGAGCAAGGAAGGGAGCUAGAGCAAAUUUAGUCCAUGAUACAGAGAAGGCAAACGCGCCUGUGGCACCGGGAUGGGUGGAGGUCUGGGCGCUGAGCUGAGGAGCUCCAGGCCCAUUGGUUGCCUGCCUUCCACCGUUAUCUGCUCUCUCCCUUCUCCGGCUGUCUCCGCAUCUCUCCUCGUCCUCUGUCUUCCCUGUACUCGUGAAGAAUGAUUAGCAUACGAGAGGCGAGAGGAACUUCCCAGCGCGAGUGAACAGGAGAACAAGUGCGCAAAGGGAAGGAGGCUGGAAAAUACCAUCAGCAGCGAUUGGAAAGUUUGAGCGAAGACCACAUUUCUAGACUGAAAAUGAAAUUGGAGGAGGUGUAGUGACCUCUUAUCAGUCGUCUAACAUAGAGGGCCGUGGGGCAAACAGAGGUCUGAACCAAAGAGCGAUUACACCGGCAAUUACAUCAGAUGGAGGUGGAUGUAGCAGAGGAGAAGCGCCAUUGCACACGCUCAAAAGUUCCCCUGGAGCCAGCCAUACAAGAGUUGUUCAGUGUGUACGGCUGUCCUGUCGCCAAGAAGAGAAAACCCCUGGAGAGUCAUGCCCUGGAGCCCUCGCCCAAGAGGAAGGUGUUUCUAAAAGUCGUAGAGCAGCCGUCAAUGGAGAAAUGCUACAAAACGCACAAAAUGGAGGAGAUGGAUGAAAAAGAGGAGGAAGAGGAGGAGGAGCAGGAUGAAGAUGAAGAGGAACCGGAGGAGGAAUAUACUGACAACGAAGACCAAUAUGAUCAGGAGGAGGAAGAAGUGAUUAAUGGAGAGGAUGAAGAGGUGGAGCAGGAAGAAGAGGAGGUGGUGGAGGACGAGGAAGAGGAGGAAGAAGUAGAAAGAGAGGGGGAGAAUGAUGAAGAUGAAGAUGAGGUGGAUGAAGAUGAGCAAGAGGACGAGGAACAAAUUCAAGAAAUAGAGAGUGACCAUAUGAAUUGCAGUUCCAGCAGGACAAGCCCCUCCAUGGAGAAGGACAACAACAACAAUGAUGAAUAUGACAACUACGAUGAACUGGUGGCCAAAUCUCUGCUUAACCUGGGCAAGAUCGCAGAGGACGCCGCUUAUCGGGCCAUGACCGAGUCCGAGAUGAACAGCAACUCUUCAAACAGCGCAGAAGAGGAAGAAGAGGAGGAGGAAGAUGAAGAAGAUGAAGAAGAUGAGGAUGUGGAAGGCUCAAGGAAAGGUCAGCUGAGUCUAGAUGUUAACAGUGAUGUGGUAAGGGAGACUGUGGACUCUCUAAAGCUCCUGGCGCAGGGUCACGGAGUCACGCUCUCAGAAAACCUCCAAGAAAAGCCAUUCCAUGAUGAUGGGAGCGAGAACACGCACUGUGAUCUAAAUGGAAAUGGAUCCAUGGGUAAUGGACUCAGUGGUAAACACACCACUAAUGGUCAGAUGGCAGAGAAAAGUGACGAAGAAGUUUGUCUGAGCAGUUUGGAGUGUCUUCGUAACCAGUGCUUUGACUUGGCACGCAAGCUAAGUGAGACCAAACCAGCUGAGCGGCUCAUCAAUAACCAGCAGGAGAUUCAUCAGUUUUACCAAGAGUCCCAGCAGCAGCAGCAGCAGAGCCCAGAGGAGUCCAGCGUCCUUGAGCGGAAUUACUCUGACAUGGUCAACCUGAUGAAGCUUGAGGAGCAGCUCAGCCCAUGCUCCAAGACUUUCUCCAGCUGCGCCGCAGAGCACAGGGGCUUCCAGGACUGCGAUGAAGACACCACCUCCGUCACGUCGGACCGCUCAGAGGACGUUUUCGACAUGACCAAAGGCAACCUGUCACUGCUGGAGAAGGCCAUAGCACUGGAAACGGAGCGGACAAAAGCUUUGCGGGAAAAAAUGGCUUCGGAAGCAGUCAGGAGAGAUAGACUGCAUUUGCAUGAGGGUGGUUUGAGGCAAAGCUAUGCGGAGCAGCGGAAGGCACGUCUCCACCAUGAUGGUCUAAAGAAGCCCUUCUACCUUAAAGAUUCUUCGCGGUCAGGGAAAAAGGAGAGCCGGUGUCCAACGCCUGGGUGUGACAGCACAGGUCAUGUGACGGGUUUGUACCCGCACCAUCGCAGCCUGUCUGGAUGCCCUCAUAAAGACAGAGUCCCUCCAGAGAUUCUUGCAAUUUAUGAAAAUGUUCUUAAGUGCCCUACGCCUGGCUGCACGGGCCGGGGUCACGUCAACAGCAACAGGAACUCUCACCGGAGCCUGUCUGGCUGUCCAAUAGCGGCGGCAGAGAAACUGGCCAAAGCCCACGAGAAACAUCAGUCAUGUGAUGGAGGCAAAUCCAACCAGGCUUCAGAUCGUGUGCUCAGGCCCAUGUGCUUCGUCAAACAGCUGGAGAUUCCACAGUACGGCUAUAAAAACAACGUGCCCACGUCAACCCCACGAUCCAACCUGGCCAAAGAGUUAGAGAAAUACUCCAAAACCAACUUUGACUACAACAGCUAUGACAACAACAACAUCUACAGCAAACGGCACACUACUGUACCCAAAGUCCACAGCCGGGACACACUGCCCAAAACUGAUGAUGUGAAGCGCUACUGCAAGAGCUCCAGUUCGGCGAGCAGCACCACCAGCAGCUACGGGCCCAGCAGCAGCAGCCUGAGCUGUGGAGGAGGAGGAGGAGCGAGCAGCGCCAGCAGCACCUGCAGCAAGAGCAGCUUCGACUACACACACGACAUGGAGGCGGCGCACAUGGCUGCUACCGCCAUCCUCAACCUCUCCACCCGCUGCAGAGAGAUGCCCCAGAGCCUGAGUGGGAAACCCCUGGAGAUCUGCACGCAGUCUGAUGAUCUGGAUCCCUUCCAGGACAUUUUAGAGGACAGUGCGUAUACUACUGAUGUUGGCAUUCCCAGUCCCAAACCAAAAUUUCCUCCUUGCAAAGAAAGCAAAAAGGAGCUUAUAACUCUUUCAGGCUGUCCUUUAGCAGAUAAAAGCAUUCGGAGUAUGAUCGCCACCAACUCACAAGAACUCAAGUGCCCGACCCCGGGCUGUGAUGGCUCGGGACAUAUCACUGGCAACUACGCUUCACACAGAAGUUUGUCAGGAUGCCCACGGGCUCGGAAGACUGGAAUAAAGAUAACACACAGUAAAGAAGACAAGGAAGACCAGGAGCCGAUCAGGUGUCCGGUUCCUGGCUGUGACGGUCAGGGUCACAUAACGGGCAAAUAUGCGUCGCACCGCAGCGCGUCCGGCUGUCCUCUAGCGGCCAAACGACAGAAGGACGGCUUUAUCAACGGCCCCCAGUUCACGUGGAAGGCUGGGAAGACGGAUGGCAUGUCGUGUCCCACUCCAGGCUGUGACGGCUCUGGACACGUCAGCGGCAGUUUCCUGACCCACAGAAGUCUCUCUGGUUGCCCACGUGCCACAGCAGCAAUGAAGAAAGCCAGACUCUCAGGAGUGGAGAUGCUCACAAUAAAACAGCAAACAAGCAAUGGUUUAGAUUGUGAUGAAGAUGUUAAACAGCUGGAUGAAGACAUGAAAGAUUUCAAUGAAUCAAAUUCACAAGUGGAAGCGGAUAUGAUCAAACUUAGAACACAGCAAUCACUUCACAAAGAGGCUCCAGUUAGACACAACAGCUGUCUACAUCAGAGAGAGCCGAUGAGCGAACAGAACUUUGACGCAUACGUGACCACGCUAACGGACAUGUACACGAGUCAAGAUCACUAUCAGAGUCCAGAGAACAAGGCCCUGCUAGAAAAUAUAAAACAAGCGGUACAAGGCAUUCAAGUCUAGCAUCUCAGAACGUUUCUAAAACAAAGUAAUACUGAGGAAAGAAGACACUUCCAGAAAAAAAAAAUGAUAACACUCAUAUGGGAUGCCUCAUGCUUUGCUGUUGUAAUUUAUCAAACAGUGUUAAAUUCAUGUUCUUUUAUAAAGUGUUAUGCUGACUAAACAUGAUUUUUCUUUGGGAUUAUUUUUCUGGCCUUGCUUUAAAAAAAUAAUGAUCUGCAAAAUAGUUUUUGAAAGUAUUCAGACUUUGUACGUUUUCAUAUUGGCUAAUGUAAUGUGUCUCAUCCUUACUGGCUGCUCAUAGAUGCACCUUUUUAGUGUAUAUUUUUUAAACAGUAAUGCACCCAAUACUGAACAUUAGUUGAUGCUUGCUGAAAGAGUGUAACAAACUGGAAAAAGGUAGCCAGUAAACAUUUCUGCUCAUCAUGAAGAUGUUUUGUGCCAUUAAUGAAAUAGCAAGAGUUUCUAUUUAUCAUUAGAAGAUUUGUUCUCCCCAAAAAUUUGCUGAAAACGUUCCCAUCCUCAGGCAUCCAAGAUGUAGAUGAGUUAAUUUCUUUUUCAGAUUUCGAAAAAUUUAGCAUUACAUCACUCGCUCCCAAUGGAUCAUCUGCAGUGAAUGGGAGCCGUCAGAAUAAGAGUCCAAAAUGCUGAGAAAAAGAUCACAAUAAUCCACAAGUAAUCCAUUCCAGUCCAUCAGUUAACAUCUUGUGAAGCCAAAGUCUGCGUGUUUGUAAAACACAAAUGCUCAGUGAAAAAGUCAUCUUGUCUGAAACAUCAGAGAAAUAUGCAGAGAUCCAGCACCCUUUACAAGCCAUAUAAGUCAUAAUUCUAAACCCACAGUUCAAAACAAAUAUGUGGGUGGAUUUUGAUGCGAGACAACAAAAGGAGAGGAACUUUAAUUUGUUUCCAAAAAACAUGGAUUUUUGUGGAUUAUUGUGGUGUCUUUAUCACCUGUUUGGUCUCUCAUUCUGACGGCACCCAUUCAUUGCAGAGGAUCUAUUGGUGAGAGAGUGAUGGAAUGACACAUCUCCAAAUAUGUUUUGGUUAACAAACAAGCCCAUCUAACAUCUUGGACAGCCUAAAGGUGGGCACAAUUUCAGCAAAUGUUCAUUUUUGGGUGAAUAAUUUCUUUAAUAUCAACUAUCAAUGAUGUGGAAAAAGGGUUGGUGUUUAAAAAAAAAAAAAAGAUCAUAUAAAUGAAAGCUUAUGGUGGAGACCCUGUUACUGCUUAAAAAUGCAAAAGGAAAUGCUUUGAUCAUUUGUGGUUUCCUCAUUUAAUCUGCAUCAAUGAAAUGGCAAUAGCAGCUCUAAACAUCACGUCGUGAUUUGGUCUCUUCUUGAAAUAGCAGUAGCCAGAAUGGAACUGUCUCAGCAAUAUAUGACUUAACCAUGUGUAUAAAAAAGAGAUGCAAUCUAUGUGGUGGGUAUAUGCAAUUUCAUGUUUGUAAACAGUGGAAGCUACAAAAUCUUUUUACUAUAUGUAAAUGAUUGAUUUUUAUAUAAAUCUUUUAAUACAAAUGUUUUAAAGGGACAGAAAGGUGAAAAUUAGGUUUAGAGACACACAGUACAAUGCUCUAUGAGUUUCAUUUUGUUCCUGUAUACAGUGCUGCGCAGGGACACAUUUGUUUCCAUGCUUGGAUGUUUGUACAGUAUGGAAACUAAAGCAGAAGGAAUAGACAAUGAAAACGGGACCUACAGGGUUUUUGCGCCCCACUUUUGUGCCAGAAGACUAUUUGCACUUAUCCCACCUUGGGUCGAUGUGCAAUCUCCAGGUGUUUCUUUGGCACAAGGAAGACAUGAUGACAGACGUUCAGUGGUUUGUGGAGAUCAGAGAUUACAGGGAUUUGAAAUAUCAAUGAGGACAAUAUCUUUCCGAGAAAUAUUGUGUGUUUUUAAUCAAUAAUGCUAGUUCGUUAAGUAUGUUCUAUAUCAUACAAAAUAAUCCCCAGCAGCACUUUAUGUCUAAUCACUGUACAAAAUCAUUAAAGAGUAGUCAAUCAAAAUAAAGUGUUUUGAGAAAAAAUUCUCCCACUGCAAUGGGAUCAAGUCAGCGGUAGAGUUCGGGGGUGUUGCGGCAUUAAGUGAACCCCUAAUUUCCAUUGUACUAUUAGCUGUAGCAACCUUGUUAAUACCUUAUUGAAAGCUAAUGCAAAGGUGCUUGUACUUCACUGGAUCUCGUCCAUUGUACUAAUCAGUCCUUUUAGGGCUCCAUCAUUCAUGCACAGCAUCACAUCUGCAGCUUUUUGCCAAUAAAGUAAUGCUUUCGGUAGAGAAAUUGCUAGUAUCAGUUUCUGAAUCGACUAUUGUCAUCGGUACAAUGGAAAUGGGAAUUUAAGCACAAACAUGCUGCUCAUUUAUUGCAUAAUACUUUUUUUUUUUACAUAUGUGACUAAUUAAUCAAUAUAAGAUUUAAGAAGUCACAUAUUCGAAUGCUGAUUUUUCAUAUGAAUUAUUGUGAAUUCAUGAGUUCAUUUAUCUGAAAUUCUUCAUUUCAAGGUUGAUUGGUUUAAUAAUCAAUGAAGACAGGAUUUUGUAUAAACUAUUGUGCUCUCUGUGGAACUGGAGUUUGAUUUAUUUUUGUACGAUACAGCAUGAAUUUGUUUUCAUUUUACUAUAAAUGUGUGAGAUCACAGUUACAGUGAUUUUCAGUUUUAAAUUGUGAAAUUUGUACAAUAUUUGUCAUGCUGGAUGUUGACACAUCAUACUCUGAAUAAAGAAAAUGGUGUUGCCACAUAA